AUGAAGAAGGGCGGGGGCAAAAAACGAGAAAAAGGGCGAGGAGGAAGGCAACGACCACUCGAAGCAGACAAGAAGGAGAGGGGCCCCGGUGAGGGCGGAGGGGGAACGAGAAACGCAGGCCAAAGGCGACAGGAGAAGAGCCUGAAGGAACCAGAAAAGAAAGACCGAGGGAAGGAACCAGCCAAGAAGAACCACGACAGGACCGAGGAAAAAAGGAAGCAGGAAAGGGCACAAGGGACCCGGCCAGAACAGGGCGCGAGGGGGAAGCGAGAACAGAAAAAGAAAGAGAGAAGGGAGAGGAGAAAGCCAGCCGAGGGAAGAAAAAAGGGGGAUAAGAAAGGAGACGGGGGGGGGGGAGGGGAGGAGGCACGCGGGGGCGGAGGGGGACGGAGGAAGGAGAAAGAAGGAAAAGAAACCAAGGAAACAAAAAGAGAUACCCCAAAAAGGGGAAGGGAAGGCAAAGGGGGGCGGGCGGAGGGGGAGCAGACGGAGAAGAAGGGGAGGCGGGGGAGCGGGGGAGACGGCAGGGCGGAGAGGGACCCAAAAAAAGGAGGUACAGAGGCAGGAAAAAAAAGCGCAAGGAAAAGGAGAGGCAACGAGAGGCAGGGGGGGCAGACGAAAGAGAGACGAGGAGAGGGAGGGGGGGGCAAAAAGCAAACGGCCGGGAGAAGGGAAGGCCGGGCGGCGAGCGGAAAGAAGCGGGGACGAGGCGCCCACAACGGGGAGAAAAAAAGGAGAAGGACGAACAGAAAGCCAAGGAGAGGGAAGGGAGAGCUAGGAAAAAGACAGAAGCGGAAGAGAGAGCAAAAAAACGGGCCCGGGCGGCCAACACGGACGCCAGAGUCGGGGGAAGCGAGCGGAAAAGAGGAAGCAAAAGGCAAGGCAGGAGAGAACGCGGGGGGAAGCGGAGAAAGGAAGGGGGAGGGGGAGAGGAGAAAGACGAAGAGGAGGGAGACAGGCGGCGGACCAGGAACGCAAGGGGAAGGAUAG